AUGGGUCUAAAGCGUACCUUGGUUCCCUUUGUUGCGUUGUCAGUUUUAGGCAACGCUGCGGCCGUGGGUCCUCGGGGUUUCAACUACAGCGCGCUGAGUUUGAGAGAAGUAGGAGCCCGUAACACCAAAGACUGGAGAAUUUGGCUCGAAAAGGAUGGAGAUCCUAUUUCGUUCUGGCAUGACGUUCCUGCUUGGCCCAACGAGGAUAACAAGCAGGUUGUGAAUUUAGUCGUGGAGAUACCUCGCUGGCAAGACGGUAAAAUUGAGCUAAAAAGAGAUGAGCCGUUGAACCCUGUUGUCCACGACUCGUUGAACGAUGCCCCCAGAUUCGUCGAAAGCGUUUGGCCUCACAAAUCAUACCCAUUCAUCUAUGGAUCAAUUCCACAAACUUGGGAGAGUCCCAAUUACAAGCACAGCUUCACCGGCUUGAUUGGAGAUAACGACCCCGUGGAUUUAUUUGACAUCGGUCAAGAUCGUGGUUACGUUGGCCAAGUCAAGCAGGUCAAAAUUCUCGGCGGUCUUGCCCUAGCUGAUGAUAAUGAGACGGACUGGAAGAUCCUCGCGAUUGAUGUUAAUGACCCGCUUGCACCACUUAUAGAUUCGUACGAAGAUGUCGAGAAAUACCGCCCAGGAACUAUCAAAACUUUCCGCGAUUGGUGGACCCAUUACAAAGUAGCCCGAGGAAAUGCAGUUAUUGAUAUCGUCGGUGACUGGUACCAGAACGUAACCUACACGCAGAGCGUUAUCGAGGAAAGUCAUAAGACAUGGGCGGAGCUUAUUGGAGGUAAAGUUGACUCGAAUGAGAUCAACUACAACCAGACCUCCCGCUCAGACGUCAACAAAAGCUUCAUCGACAAGAGUUCGACGACGGAAAAGUUCGCUAUUCCGGCCAAGAGCAGAUUUGAAUCUGCGGCACCGAAGCCAGAGAAAUACGACCGCUGGUAUUAUUUGGACAACACCUCCAGUCUUAUCGUGGUGCCCACCGCUCAGCAGAUAUUUCUCAACAGGCAACAAAUCUGA